AUGUUUUUUGUUUUAUAUUUGAAGUUGCUGUGGGAUUUUAAAAGAAAAUUCUCUACGGAUGAAAAGUUUGAAGAGACAGUGAAAACUAGAUUUUGUGCAGAGGACUUGAAAAAGUUUCCAGACUGUCAGAAACCAGGAGCAAUUGUUGCAUGUUUGAUGGAAAACAGGCAGAAUCUCACAGUUCAAACAUGUAAACAUAUGAUGACUAAAAUGCAGGCCAUUUUCUUUAGCGAUUUCCGUUUGAUUUCAAACUUUUUGGCGGAUUGUUCCCCAGACGUGAACAAAUACAAAUGUGGCAGGAUUCCAUCAGAGCAGGAGGAUGAUGAUAUCCACUCUCAAAAUGAUGUGUUAGAAUGUCUCGAAGAACACCAAGAUGACUUAUCACAAGCAUGUCAGAAGCAGAUAUAUCGCCUUGCUGAAUUGUCUUCAGAUGACUACCAUCUUGAUCGUCCCUUGUAUUUUGCCUGUAAAGAUGACAGGGAGAGGUUCUGUGCCGAGAUCCCAUCAGGGGAGGGGAAAGUGUACAAAUGCUUGAAGAAACACAAGUUGGAAGAACAAAUGAGUGAUGAGUGUAAAGACAAGUUGACAGAGAGACAAAAAUUGGAAGCUAAGGAUCCCAAGGCCAACUAUCCUUUGAUGAAGAAUUGCCUGAAGUAUUAUAAAGAAUUUAAGGAAAAAUAUGAAUGCGAAAGAGGAAACACAAAACAUGGAGCCAUGGCAAACAUUCUGAUAUGUUUGGAGAAAGCUAUACAAAAUGAUGAAAAAGUGGGUGGUAAAUGCCAGGCAGAAUUGUUUGAUCUGCGGCAGCAGUUGAUGACAGAUUACUCUCUCAGUCCUGAGAUUGUUGCCAAGUGUGACCUGGAAAUCAGAGACCAUUGUCAAAAAGAAGCAACAGUGAAGGAAGGGAAGACAAUUGAUUGCUUAAUGGCCUUAGCAGAGGAGCAUGAGGGAGAUGAAAGUAAAAUCAGAACACAGUGCUUUGCAGCAGUUGAGGAACUUUUAGAAGAAACUGGUGCAGGAAGUGAUUACCGUAUUGAUCAUACCUUGUACCAAGCAUGUGAUCCUGUUGUGCAGACUGUGUGUAAAGAUAAAGGCAAAAAGGAGGGUGAUGUAAUGGUUUUGUCCUGUCUGAUGGAAAAUCUACACACAGACAACAUGAUACCAGAAUGUGAGGAACAGCUGCUUCACCUGGAAUUUUUCAUUGCAAGAGACUUUAAGCUUGAUCCUGUGAUGCAGAAAGCUUGUCAGGAGGAUGCCCAGAAAAUUUGUGCUGCUGAAUCCCUGGAGGACCAAGACUCACAUCCAGUCAGCCUGAUUUUAUCAUGUCUUUAUCGACAUAUUGUGCUGGAUACAGACUCGAAGGUCUCUCCCAAAUGUGCUGCACAUGUAGAACGAGCCAUGCACCAAAGAGCUGUGGAUGUAAAUUUGAUGCCUGAAAUACAAACUAAAUGUGUAGUGGAUCUUGGAAAAUAUUGCAGUGAUCAAGUUGAAAAAGGAGAGGAGAUACAAUGUUUGCAGGAGAGAUUUUACAACCUCACCACUACCUGUAAGGAAGCCAUCAGUCAGUUUACUGAGGAGGAAGGAGAGGACUACAAGCUGGACAGGGUACUUGUGCGUGCUUGCUCUGGAAUGGUGACAAAGUUUUGCGAGGAUAUUGUCACUCAGGGGAAUACAGAAGGGGUCCUACCGUGUUUAGUUGAACACAAAAAUGAUCAAGGAAUGGAUGAGAAAUGUCAUACAGCCAUCAGCCACUGGCAGCUGGUUGAAAUGAAAGAUUUUCAUUUUUCUCAUGAAUUUAAAAAAGCUUGCAAAGAUGAUGCAAAGGAGCACUGCAAAGAUUCAAAGAGCAAGCAUGACCUUGUUGUUUGUUUGAGUAAAAAGAUCCGAGAUGCUGUUGUCAAUGAAGAAGAACAUGUUAUUUCUGAUACAUGUCGUCAACACUUGAGGAUAGAGAAGGAGACUGAGUCUGAAAAUGUCCAGUUUGAUCCUGUGAUGAUGGUGAAAUGCAUGGCAGAUAUUGCAAAGUUAUGUAACAAAAUUACAUUUGGUCAAGCAAAGGUGUUGGAGUGCCUUAAAGACCACCGAGAAGAAUUAUCUGGCCAGUGUAAAGAGACGCUCUUUCAGCGCGAGGAGGAAGAGUUCGAAGACCCCGAUCUGGACUACAAACUGAGAAAAACGUGUCGAAAGAUGAUCAAAGUAUUUUGUGAUGACGUUCAACCAUCCGAGGUAUUUUCUUGCCUCAAAAAGCACAAAAGUGAUCCAGAAAUGGAGCGCAGCUGUCAGGAUGUGAUCACCAAAAGACAGAUAAGGCAAUCGAAAGAUGUCAGGCUCGAUCCACAGCUUGGAAAAUUUUGCAAGCUAGACAUCGGGAAAUUUUGCAAGGAAAUUCCCCGGGGUGAAGGGAAAAUUGUGGAAUGCCUGAAGAAAAAAUAUGAGCUUUUGUCUGACGAGUGCAUGGAGUAUAUGACCAGGCUGAUGCGUGAGGCGGCACGUGACUUCAGAUUGGAUGCAAAGCUUUCCAAAGAGUGCGCUGUUGAUAUUAAGAAGUUUUGCGGUGGCAUUCCACCGUCUAGCGUGGAAAAUUGCCUCAAAGAACAUUUAGGAUCAGUUGAAAAAAAGGAAUGUCGAGUGGAAAUAGUCCGGCAAAUGAGAGAAGGCCGCACAGAUAUACAAUCUGACCCUGUCCUUUACAAGGCAUGCGCAGUGGAUGUCAAACGUCACUGUUCACACAUACCAUUUGGACGAGGAAAAGUAAUGAAGUGUCUCUUGGAGGCUCACGACUCGAACCGAGCACGUUUUGACAAGGAAUGCCUGACAUAUUUGACAAGCAGAAUGAAGAUGUGGGAAGUGGCUGCUAGGGUUGCCCCACCUGAAACCAUCGGUGAUCUUGCUGUUGCUAUCUCCGCUUCGCCUUCCAAGAACUACUUCUUCGUCAUUUUCGCUACAUGCUUAGCUCUUAUUUUUGUUGGCGGACUUGUGUUUGGUCGUCUUUCCAAGAGAAUCAAAAGGGAGGUGAAGGACCGAUGAAUGAGGGACCACAUGAACAUAGUACGAACAAACGCCAUGCCACUCUAAUAAGAGAAUUGUUUUUCCGACGAAGGACUCACUGGACAUUGGAUUCCUGUACAAAAUAGUAGCAUCCAAUCCACUUAAAAUAGUUAGGUCAUUGGUGGAAUCUACAAACCAAACCUGGGUCAAAAUGAUUAAUUGAACUAUUUUAUCCAUUCAUUUUUUCGCGCGAAAAUCCUUUCACCGCCGCGGCCAUUUUAUAUGGGAAAGAACCUCUGUUUGCACACCUCUCACUGUUUAGGAUAAAAUGUGUUCAUUUGAUACAUUUGGUUUAUUUUGUACAGUAUCUUCAAUAUAUCAGCGAUUAAAUUUUCAUUUUUCAGUAAAAGUUCAAGAAGGAAGCACAAAUUUUCGUAGUUUAACCAAGGUGCAAUUUCAAGCGGUGAUGUUGACAGGGAGUGCAGCUGUUCGUCGAUUGAAAGCUUACUAAAUUAAUAAUGUAUUUUUUUGUUGGUUUACAAGGACUCGUUCCUAACGGGAAAAUUAUCAGUAAUGUGUAAUGCAGAAGUACAUUUCAGUUAAGGACUCCUCUCUCAGUACAAAGGGGCCCUAUGUUUGUGUUGUGCUGUGUGUAUUGGCGAACCUUCAGUAGGAGAUAGUGUUACCGUAUUGAAAGUAAAGGGUUUGCCAAAGUCUUUAAGAAUUGGAUCCAUGGACAGUUUCCUGCUGUAGGUGGGCUGAUACAAGUCCACUAGAAGUAACCCUUUAAAAUUUUCUUACUGUUGUUCUUUCAUAUCUGUCCCGGUGUUUAGUGUAGUCCUUAAAAUAACUUGCUAUUACUUAACUUUGUGAUGAACGUUACAAAACAUAAGAAUAAAUUAGUCACUGAAUGAAAGCUGGGAAGUAAAGGUGUUUUGGAAGGGUCUAAGGUUUGUUUUAAACUACAGUGGAAGUAUUACUGUUGAUCUUUUGUUGCUCUCACAGUCUUUCAAACAGAAGUUAAAUAAACCUGGGAGGAGACAUAAUUUGAUGUGUUUGGCGAAUACAUAAAUUCUGAAUAUUCAUAUGUACGUUAAGUGAAAGGGAAAUAACCACAAAGGUUGAGAUACAGAUAAGCGAGUUCUGCCCUAAGAUCGUUUAAUCUGUUGUCUCGGACAGUCACUUAUCGCCUCUGCCUUGAGAUAGUUUAUCGUCGUGUUCAUGUAAGUAGUACUAUAAAAUGUUUCUUGAAACUGGACAUAGGAAAAAAAUUGUAUGUUUACAAGUGAUUAAAAUUGUUUUUCAAAGCCAAUACAGAAAAUUGAAAACUUUUCCAAUAGCUUCAUUAAAAGAUUUCAUCAUCACUGGAGACCACUGAGUUAACAAGCGUGUCAACCCUGGUGUGUUGGGUGGCAUUUGUUCCGCUCUUAGAGUGCUUUCAGAAGGGUCUUCUGUGAACAACAUUCUGUGCCAUACAGUUAUAGUGUGUGAUAAAUAAAACUAUUCGUGUAGUGGAA